AGCAGAAGCAGAACCAAAUCAAAUCGAUCAAGAAAAUGCUAGAGUCAUUGGCAGCACCAGACUUGAUUUAUCAUGCGUCGAAAGAAAAAUGAUAAAAGGGCAAUCUGUGCAGGAACAAACAAUAAGCAAUAAUAGAAAAGUCUUUAAAAUUAAAAAGAAAACGCAUAAAAAUAAAAUCAACAGAAAAAUCUCGGAAUAUACUGAAAACCUUAAUGAGAAAAUACCAAAUACAAAAAAUUGUAAUGAGUCUCAGCUGAAUAAUAUGGAACCCAAUCUAAACAAUGAGGACAUUCAUAAGACAUAUACUGAAGAAAAAUCUUUUUCAUGUAAUAUAUGCAGCAAAAGUUUCAAUCGAUCUGAUAAUUUGACGACACAUAAAAGAAUACAUACCGGAGAAAGGCCUAGUUCGUGUGAUAUUGAUAAAUCCUUUUCAUGUACCGUAUGCGGCAAAAAUUACAAUCGAUCUGGUAAUUUGAAGAACCAUAAAAUAAUACAUACCGGAGAAAGGCCUUAUUCGUAUAACACUCGUAUAUAUAAAACCUAUCCAUGUAGUGUAUGCGGAAAAAGUUUCAAUCGAUCUGAUAAUUUGAAGGAACAUAACAGAAUACAUAUCCGAGAAAGGCCUUAUUCAUGUAAUAUUGAUAAACCCUAUUCAUGUUCUGUUUGCAAUAAAAGUUUCAAUCGAUCUGCUAAUUUGAAAUCACAUAAAAGAAUACAUACCGGAGAAAGGCCUUACUCGUGCGAUAUAUGUGGCAAGCGAUUCAGUGAUUCGAGUACAUUGAAGAGACAUUUCAGUAUACAUACUAGUGAAAAACUAUACUCAUGUGUUCAAUGUGGUAACAGUUUCAGUCAAGUUAGUCAUUUGAGGAGACAUACUAGUACUCAUACUAGCGGAAAAACGCUCUUCAGAAAGGUUUGA